CGCCCGGCCCAGCGCGGAAGUAUCCGGGGAAGCUGCGCAACCGGCGGUGAGGCCCGGAUAAACAAGAGCGGUGGCGGAGUUGGGGUGUAGAGAAAAUCAUGGAAGGAAGAACAUCGUCUUCAAGUUACGUCAGUUUUCGUAUCCCAAAGAAGAAAACAAAAACCAAGUCAAAGGAUAUCCAAGUUCAGUCCCCUUUGGCAAGGCUCCCAGGCUCCCACCACUGGGACUACCCUUUAAAAGAGUGGAAAUUAAGGGCAAACAACAGAGCACCUUCCACAAAAGCAAGAAGGCAAAAGGACUGUGAUAGACACAGCUCUAAUGAUGAAGAAUCCAUUGGGCAACCCAAAGUUAUCUUGACGAAUGUCCUGAGGACGAGAAUUGGAAGAAAAUAUAUACACAGCCACGUAAUAAUUGAUGCAAAUUUAUCUGAUGCUGACAAAUUACAAUCGGGUCAACUACCCUCAUCAUCUGUUGCCAGUCUCCAGACAUGUCAAAUAUUAAGUUCUCCACAUGAAAGUUCUUUUCUGUCUGAAAGGUCUGAGCACUGCCUGAGAAAGACAGAUGAUGACUGCAAAUUGACCAAGGCUUCUAAGGAACUAGGAAAAAAUAAUGUCUUCACUUUAAGAAGACGGGAGCUGCAGAAGAAAGAAAACAAGAACUGUGAUGUACUGGAAAAGAAGGGAAGAAAUGUGAACAGCACCACUCUUAAUCAGAAAGGAUCAGGCUCUUUUGAUUCUGAGAAAAGGAAAAGAAGAUCUAGUGGCAGUAUUUCUGAUGACUGCAAUGCACACAUUCCAGAAAAAUCACUUCUACUGUCUAAAGAGCAACAGUUGAGUUCGACUCAGUCUCUCAGCCACAGGACACCCUGUGAGGAUGAACAGAGUCGGAUAUCUAAUACAGUUCUGGUAACAAAUUGUAUUUCGCAGCCAUCAGAGAGAAACUGUGAAGACACUGUAACACACAGCCACAGGCCUGCUCACAGUUGCACAGAGGAACCUCACUUGGAGUCUUCUCACAGAAAUCUGUCAGAGAAACAGCUCUCUGCUGGCAGUGAGGAUGUGACUUCUCCACGAGUUAGUACCAUUAGGAGAUUAAAGAUGGACACGUCAGAGUAUCUGAGCAAGCUGCGGAACAGGAUCUGCAGGGCUAAUCGGCAACUUGAUUCACUUGACCCAAUUGUCCUUUCCAGUGAUGAUGAAGAUGGAUCUUCUGAAACACCACUGUCAGAGCUGCUGCAGGAUAAUACCACUGGCAAUAAACAGACAGGCCAACAGCGUGGCUUCUGUUACUCAGCAAAGCAAUUGGGAGACAAGACAAAAAGUCACACAGAACAGUUACUAACAGAGUCAAUUGAAGAUGAAUGUCCUAUCAGCUUACCAUCUGGAAGCACACUUAAAAAACAGAAGAACCCAGAAUUGGAUGUUGAAUUUGCUAAUCUAUACAUUGGGAAAUUUAAAUGGUUAUCAACAGGUCCUGCUAGAUUUACAACCAAGUACAUUACGAUCCCAUUUCAGGUGGGUCUUAAUAAGAAUACUAAGCUGACAGUGGAUACUCUGGAUCUGAGGAGGUUUGGCUUGUGGAAAGGUGAUGGUGACUGUUCUUCAACAGCAAUAAUUUUCCUUUGGUUGUCUAUGGAUUAUGUAGAAAAUAUCAAAACUCAAUUGGGAAAGUUCAUUACCAGCGAGCCAUCCAAAUCUAGUGAAUUUGUGUUUCUUGAACUGUCCCAACCACUCAGAGAAUGGGAAGAAGACAGGCUGACCAAACUGAUUACAGAUGUAAGCAAGAAGAACAGAGCACCGGAUCUCCCAGAGUUUUUGUCUUUGAAGCAAGCAUUACCCUUGUUUAAGGACCUUUCUCCUGAAGAGAGCUCUUUUAUAAGUUACAGUAAGCAUCUACUAAAGCAGUGUAUGCCAGAAGAGAGCACCUUGGACAGCCAUGAGCCUGCAGUAGAAUCAAGAUUAAAAGUGGUCAGGCCCAGUUACGCCCUUGCAAACAAGCAAAAUAGAGGUUGCUAUUCUAUCUCUCUGUCCUCUGCACUGAAUGAAGAAUGGAAAGAAGUAAGAGAAACUGGAGGAGUUAAGAAUUUAAUUGUUUAUCCGCCCCCACCUGCAAAAGGAGGACUAGGAGUCACAAGAGAAGACCUAGAGUGCUUAGAAUAUGGGGAGUUUCUCAAUGAUGUCAUUAUUGAUUUCUAUCUGAAAUACCUGUUGUUGGAGAAGGCUCCAAAGCAUCUUGCUGAGCGUACACACAUUUUUAGCAGUUUUUUCUAUAAGUGCCUGACCAGGACAGAAAAAAAUUCUGAAGGGGAUCCCAAAGUUUCAGUGGCACAGAGAAGACACAGAAGAGUAAGAACAUGGACUCGUCAUAUAAACAUCUUCAGCAAAGAUUAUAUCUUUGUGCCUGUGAAUGAGGAGUCCCAUUGGUACAUUGCAGUUAUCUGUUUCCCAUGGUUAGAAGAAGCUGUGUAUGAGGAGUGUCCCCAGCAGAAUUCAUUAUAUGACCAGCAUCAACAGUCUCCACUUCAGUCAGAGGGUGACAACACUAGAACUAGUUCAGUGUUGGUCUUGACUGGCAACUCCAAGGAUAAAGAAGAAAUGGAUGCUAGCAGAAGUUUGUUCUCAAAAGGUGGCAAUGAAAUUGCUACUUCUACUUCAGCCUUGGAUUCAGGUAUUUCCAAAAUGUCCUUAAAUAGUUCCAAAAGGCUGAUUUGUAAAAGGCCUUGUAUACUCAUCUUAGAUUCUUUGAAAGCUGGGUCCGUGCAGAAAACAGUUCAGGUUUUGAGAGAGUACCUUGAAAUAGAAUGGGAAGCUAAACGAAAAACACACCGAACAUUUAGUAAAUCAACAAUGGUUGAUCUGUGUCCCAGAGUGCCUAAACAAGAUAACAGCAGUGACUGUGGAGUCUAUUUGCUGCAAUAUGUGGAAAGCUUCUUUCAGAAUCCCAUAAUUAACUUUGAACAGCCAUUGCAUCUGGAGACGUGGUUCCCUCGUCAGCUGAUCAGAAGCAAAAGAGAAGAAAUUAGAGACCUGAUCUUGCAACUGCACUUCCAACAGCACAGUGGCAGCAGCAGCUAAUAAAUCUAAUAAGCCAGACCAGGCAAAGAACAUUGCUGUAUGAAGUAACUGAAAUUCUGCUUAGGAGCAUCUGGCCUCUUUCUGCCUUGCAAGGAAGAAAAAAAAGAAAAAAGAACCACAAGAAGUAUUUUAAGUGUUCAGUGUGUAUUUAUUUAAAGAUUUUUUUUUCAUUUGUAGUCAUAAAGUUGUGACAAGGAAAGGAGAAAGUUGUAGAUAGAAGUGUAAAUAUGUAAGUUAAGCUAAUAUAUAUGAAUUGCUAAUGAAUUAUUUUUGUGGAAUAUGAAAGCUGUAUACAGCUGUGUGCCACAAGGAUGUAAAAAUAUUUUCAUCUUUUGGAGCCAGUUCUUUACAAUACUACAUGAAUAUGCAUGACCAUGUAGGAGUCGGACCUGAAGACAGGAUUUUUGACCCUAUGCUGUGUCUCUUUCAAUUUUGCAACUCAGAAAGAAUUAAUACUAUGUAUUGUUUUAAUUUAAGUAUCUAAUUGACUCUCUUUAGAGAUGUUUUUGUUUUGUUUGUUUGUGUGUUUGUUUCUCAUUAUAUGCAGAAGUAGUCUGCAUGAGUCAGAAAAUUCUGCCAGGAUUUGAGGUGGCUGACUUAUUUUUUAUUUUCAUUAUAUUUUUUUUUGUCCCUAGUAUUUUUAUCAUAAGAAUUUUAUUUCCAAGACUGGAAGACAUUUGAUUGAGAUCUUUUCAAGUCGAAGGCGAAUUUUUUUUUAAAGUACUUUUUCUGAAUUUUUUUUUACCAGAUUUUUGAAGAAAUCUUGUUCUAGAAGUACAUGCCACUACAGUGCAUGUAGGAUGUAGAGUCUUAAUCCUAUUUGCCUUAUUUUUGGGAGUUGUACCUGCGAAUCUUAUGGCAUCAUUUACAUUAGGAAGGCAAACGGAUUGUAGCUCAACAGUCUCAAAAGUUUGAGGUGUUUUACUGAAAAAUAAGGCUGUUUUCUUUCAAGAAGGUCACUAUGUUACAUAUCUUUAAGAUAUGUAAUUUGCAUAUAAGACAAACAGGGUUUAUACAUUGCUCAGGAAAACUGAGUAAUGAUACCCAAAUAUCUGAGUGUUUGAACACAAUGUAUUUAUUUAGUUUUUCUUCAGUAAGCACUUGAGACCUCAAUAAUGUUUUGACAUGUGCACACUUAAUUUUAUGUGGUUACUACAUGACAGGAGGUGACUUAAGGAGAUGCUUUUUCCUUUCCUCACUGUAAAUAAACAAGUGUCAUUGCAUCCUUCAGAAGGGCCAUGUGUCAGGUAACCACUGAAACCAUCUGUGCCAUAAAUGCACCUACAAAACCAGAGCUCUUAAAGCUGGAGAUAUGCUACAGAGUUAAAAUAAAAAUUGAGGGCAACCCAAAGAUGUGAACAUUUUUAUGACAUUGCAGAAUUCUCAGGGCCCCUUCCCUCAAGAUGACUCUGAAACCUAGCACUUGCAAUAUCCAAUUAUUACUUCAGGUUCUGUACAGUCAUCCAAAAUAAUCGCUCACAAUUGUUUCUCAAAUCAGGAAGCAUUUUUUCUGAAGAGAGGCAACUAUAAAGAAGAUAGUUGGCUGAGCACAGUUACCUUAUGUAAAACUGUGAGCAGCCUAAUACAAUUACUGUGUGUUUUUUUCUGUGUUUCUACUUUAAUUCUGUAGUUUGUCACUACCUGCCACCAACAUCUUUCCUGUUUGGCUUUUAUCACCUAAACCACAGUAUCAGCAUAAUAGUGAUAGUCUGUGUAUUUGUUUUAAGACAAAUGAAAGAUAAAAUGCCUAAGUGUGUGCCCUUUUUCUACACCUUUUUAAUUUAUGCAUAUUUUCAUUGUUUCCUUAUGACAAGUAGUUUGGGCUUUUUCUUAUGGUAAAGUUAGUUUUUCUUAUAAAGUAAUUUGUUCUUUUUUUGUUUCAGAUUGACUGGUUUAUAGAUAUUUAAAAACAAAAGUGAUGUAUAAAAUUUUCUAAAUUGGUUUUAUAACAUGAAAUUAUUGCCUUUGCUAUAAGAAUGCCAAUACAUUUGAUAUUAAAAUUAUCU